AUGGAUCUAUUCUUCGAGUUGCUCCCAGAGGAAGACAUCCCCACAGCGCAUGCCAUCGAGCUUGACGGUACAUUCUUUCUCCUGAAAGAGGCACUUGGUGGUGUGCUCAUUUCCCGUCACUGUUUAGGGUUUCCCCCCGACGAAGCUGCUACCUUGGAAGCGUUCCGGUAUCGUCAAGGGAACGCUCCAGAUCUUUUUCUCGGCGCAUACAUAGCCCCGAGGCAGCUGGUCGGUUAUGUUUGCAGCACAGCGUCUUCUUUUCCGACCCUUACGCACGAAUCGAUGUCAAAACAUGAGCCUAACGCGCCCUCGGUUUGCAUCCACUCUGUCUGCGUGGCGCCAAACCAUCGCAAGAAAGGCAUUGCAUUACGCCUGCUCCAGAGCUACCUGGAUCGACUGCAAUCCACGACCAGCUACGAGCGCGUGCUCUUGAUAACUCACGAGGAACUUCGCGUCCUGUAUGAAGCCGCAGGUUUUGAGUUCGUAGGUGAAAGCGCAGUGCAGCAUGGUCCAAAACCAUGGUUCGAGAUGCGAAAGGUUUUGCGCUCUCCUCUCACCCAUGUGCUCUCCGAGGGGAGACAAGACACAAUAGAUUCCUCCUUGGGCCAACCGGCGAUAGCCCAAGCCGAUAUACUAGCGGCGCUCAUGCAGCAACAAUCGUCUAGCCGGACUCGCCCCCCCGCAGCUUUGCUGGACUCGUUCAACGAAGGAGCCGUGGGCACCUCUGUCCCCGUUGGUUCCGAUUUGGUAAACGCUUAUGCCCUUGUAUGUCCUCGUGCGGGCUGCGGCAGCACUAUACUUCUGGCACGCGCGGCUACCCUAGUGGAAAAGGAGAGCAUACAGGUCUGA